AUGGAUAAAGGAGGUGGACACGUCUGCAUAUUAAAUCUCUUUAAAUUGAAAUUGUAUUGCUUCUUGUCAAUGUUGUGGGCAGUAGCAACACUAAUAGUAGCAUUGUCUACUGUUCCUACAAGAAGCAUGCCAAUAGCAAAGCAUGGGUGUCAAGAAAGCUGUCAAAAUUCAUCCAUUAUGAUACCUUUUCCAUUUGGCAUAGGUACUGAUUGUUACUACGAUCCGUGGUACGAAAUUGUUUGCAAUUCAUCAUCUUCUUCUUCAGAAACACCGAUUCUGAGUUCAUUUGGCGUGGAAGUAUUGAACAUAACAAGUUGUUCAACUGGUAACUGUGGUAUCUCUGAUCUAAGAAUACAAGUUGCAACUCAAUGGCAGACCAUAUGCACUUCACAAAAACAAGUCAUAAAUGACAUGGAUAGAAGCCCUUUUAGGAUGUCAACUUCAGGAAAUCAUGUAGUGGUUAAGGGUUGUCCAGGGGUUGCCAUUUUGAUGAACCGAAAGGGCAAAACAGUUGCUGGGUGUUCUUCGGUGUGCAAGGGGAGUACCAACACUGCUGAAGAAAGAGCGAGCAGUGGUGGUACUUGUGAUGGACUCGGGUGUUGCUUGAUAUCAGCUGAUCAACAAUACUUGGGGGUUGAUUUUUAUCAGAUGGCUUUGAGAAGUAAUUAUGUUGACACGAAUCAUACUUGUGUAGAGUUCGCGUUAAUGGAGAAUAAAAUAUCUGCUACUGAAAGAAUGGCAAGAGAUGAUCUACUCCCGACUCUAUGGCAGUGGAUGCCUCCAGCAUUACCUCAAGGAACGUCUGACAGUAACCAUCAAAAGGAUAGUGAUUUCUCUUGUAAAGCCUUUUGUGGUUCUUAUGAUGAAGUUCAAUGUGUUAAUAUCUGUACUUGCAAUGAUGGUUUUCAAGGAAAUCCAUAUAUUUCUAACGGUUGUCAAGAUCCAUGCAAAGAGGGUACGAACCAUACAUCCGUCAACUGUAAAAAGAGGUCCUUGAUAACUUCAGCACCAAUUCUAGGGCUUAACAUAGUUUUGGGGUCAGUAAUGUUGCUUCUUCUUUGUUAUGGGCUGUACCGCUUAGUGAAAAGAUGGAGACAAACCAAGCAAAGAACUAGAUUCUUUAAAAGAAAUGGUGGUUUACUGUUACAACAGCAGAUGAUCUCUAAAGGGGGUUUUGUAGAGAGUACAAGAGUGUUUACAGUCCGCGAAUUAGAGAAAGCAACAGACAAUUUCAACACAAACAGAAUUCUUGGCCACGGAGGUCAGGGUACUGUCUAUAAAGGCAUGUUACUUGAUGGAAGAGUGGUGGCCAUCAAGAAGCCUAACAAAAAGGUAGAUAAGAAUCAGUCAGAACAUUUUAUUAAUGAGGUGGUUAUUCUAUCCCAAAUCAACCAUAGAAAUGUUGUUAAACUACUAGGAUGUUGCUUAGAGACACAAGUUCCAUUGCUCGUGUAUGAGUUCGUACCAAACGGAACACUUGCUAAGCAUAUCCACAACCCUAGUGAAGACUUCCAAAUAACCUGGAAGAUGAGGCUGCAAAUAGCUGCAGAAAUAGCUGGAGCUCUUGCCUACUUGCAUUCAUCAUCCUCUACGCCUAUCUAUCAUAGAGAUAUUAAGUCCACAAAUAUACUGUUGGAUGACAAAUACCGAGCAAAAUUAUCAGAUUUCGGUACUUCAAGGAGCAUGAUGGUUGAUCAAACUCACUUGACAACUCGUGUGCAGGGGACGUUUGGCUAUAUGGAUCCAGAGUACUUCCAAUCAAACCAAUAUACAGAAAAGAGUGAUGUGUAUAGUUUUGGAGUAGUGGUGGCGGAGAUUUUAACAGGCAUGGCGUCAGUCUCUAAGGAUAAAUCCGGGGAAUGGAAAGGGUUGGCAAAUGAGUUCCUAUAUCAUUUUGAAAACGACGACUUACACGAAAUUCUAGAUGUUCAAGUGACAGACGAAGCAAAGGAAGAAGAGUUAAAAGUAGUGGUGAAUCUGGCAAAGCGAUGCAUGAAUUUGAGCGGGAAGCAAAGGCCAACAAUGAGAGAAGUAGCAUGUAUACUAGAAGGAAUGAGAUCACCAUUUUCUGCGGAUGCACUACUAGAUCAAGUAACAUUAAAGGGAGGUAGAGUUGAUAAUGAUGUGAUCAUGGAAAUGGGGAAGAUGAAUGAUGCAAGUUCAACCACAUACUAUUAUUCUUAUUCUUAUUCAGCCAUGAAUAAUAACAAAGUUAUAAGUAGUUGUUAUGAGAUCCAACCGGUCAUGCACAACUCUGUAUAAAAUGCAGAGACAUAGCCUACUAAAUUUAAAGAUUAAUACUAAUAUAAGCACAUCUAGUGCGUACAUACA